AUGCACCGUCUGGUAAAGUUUCCAUGGACGCUCCUGUUGUUAGCCGCUGCUUGCGCGGCGCAGAACCUGGUUUCUAUGGAAGAAUGUGCGCGAGGCAACGGCGUUCCCGGAUUCAAGAACUUCACCAUCUAUCCCUGCGACAGUGACCCAUGCGUGAUCACGAGAGGCGAAACCUACAACGUCACCUUCUUCGCAGAAGCCACAGCGAACGCGAAUGUCGUCAUGCUGAGCACCAGCGUCCACCAGCAGUCCAACGCCACCCUGGUCCAGGUUGGUCAGACGGUCAGCUGCCACUUCCGGGACUUCCCCUGCAACGUGACCAAGGGAGAGCUUUUCCGUGGAAGUUACAACUUCGGCCUCAGCUUCGGCACUUUCACUCCUCAGGAAGAGGUUACGUAUUGGGUUCAAGUCGGUACCUACCAGGCUAUGUUCGCCUGCGGCCGGGUCAACCUGAUCGUCGAGUGAUGAAGUCGUGUGUUAUGCUUCUCCUGUGUUGCUUUUAUGGAGUUUCAACGUACUCUUAUGCAGAAGUCAUUAACCGUACCAGUUAACACUAAACUAGACGUUCUUGCAACUAUUUUCCCAUAUCAAUCGAAGCUUCCAUCAAUAUUUUGUACACUAAAGACCUCUUUUGUUGGUUGCCAUGAAAAAAAUAAUGAUAUUCGUUUUCGUUUACUUAACUAAAUCCAACACACAUUAGACAAUCUUAAAGCCCUUGAGGUGGAAAUUUAUAGAGUCGAGGAAACGACUAGAAGAGUGACAAAUCAAUACAAGCUUUUCAGGAAAAGAGUAAAAAGAAGGAUACCAUAUGGAAUAGCUUAAAGAACUGCAAAAACGUUACACACAACAAACUCGAGAAAAUGCCCCACCUUAGGUAUUCUAAUAGUACCUGCAACUAUACACGCAUCGAUAUACUGCAGUUAACAGGGAAUGUAGAAAUAAAGGAAAGAACGCGGAAGAGGGACGGGGUUGCGAGAAGGCACGAUAAGUUGUCAGAACCAAGGAAAGGCAAAGCCUUGAAUUGAUAAAUCCCUGUUACUGCCUUGUCGUCGGCUACCAAAAUUUUUAUUUCCUUGCGACCAAUAUACAGGGUGUCCCGGCUAACUCUAACCAGUGUUUAAAAUAUGCCGAUGCACUCUAAGACUACGCGGCCAAAUACAUGUUGCUGACUAUUGUAUGGAGUAGGUCGCACUUUUUUUUGCAUUCUGCUUAAUUGCAAAAUGAAGCUGGCAGUUGGUCAAGAUUAAUUAACCAACUUCGGAAGCAACAAAGGUAACAAAAAAUUCCAAUUGGAAAGUUGUCAAGCACCUUGCAAAACGUCCACUUAGUUUCUAACUUUCUAUCAGAUAUUAGUGUUUUUCCGCUUACUGCAGAUGCCCACGAAACACACAAAAAAAAAAAAAAAAAUACAACGUGACAUAUCCGCUUGCGCGCCGUGAAUGUAGUGCUGCCGAACGCUCCGCGUACAAACGAACAUAGCAUUGAGCCGGGUGUGCUACCAGUUGCCCGCACCAAGAUGAUGAUCGCUACGUCUGGGAUUCCUGGCCAGCCAGAUUCGCUACUCAGUCAUGACUACUGCGCCAAGGUUACCUGCCUGGUCAGCUUCAGGCUCCACAAUGAAGCCCAGAAAACUAGUCUCUGUACAAAGAAGGCCAGUUAUAAUAGCGACGACACUUGAGCUGCGAGUCUCCAUGGCUGUAUGGUAAGAGAAAGCGGGUGCAUGCAUUUUUUUAUGAGGUACUAUCCAGGUCGUAUUCAAUGAGAUUUCCCAAUUUUACACCCACAUUUCAAGUAGAAGCAUUAGAAAUUACUUUAGCUCUUCGAAAACAUCCUGCAAAUUCCCCAACAGCUGUAAUAGUGACCGGUGCGUUGGCAGCGCGCACAGCACUUACCUCAUCCUCAGGCAGUACUGUUUUGAAUUAACUAAAAGCAUUAAUCUCUUGGACGUUACGUCUCGUGCGCUUGAUAUGGGUACCAGGUCACCGUGGUUUCUAUGUUUUUUUUUUAUUGAAAUGGCCGACACACUUGCACGUACAUCCCUAGAUGUACCAGUCAUGUAGGUUUUACCGACUUCUACUUAUAUCCGCGCGCCCAGCUUUAGAAAAUUAUCUCUUUUAAGACACUCUACAAAACAGACAUUCCAAAUAAAAACAAACCAUAUACCCUUGCGACAAUCAAUGGUGUCCCACACGUCAGUUGGAUUUUUGGAUUGAAUAACUUUAAUGAAAGGUCCUGCGAGCUACGGGACGCAAGGUCCCAUAGAGCGGACUACUCCCACGUUGGGACCGGGAGUUGUACCUCCC